AUGAAGUGGCAGCAGCUAUGGCUGGGCUUCCUAUUCCCCAUGACAAUCUCAGGCCGGGCUCUGGGGCCUGCAGAAGAGAAGGCAGCAAUGAAUUACCUUCUGCAAUAUGGAUACUUACAGAAGCCUCUAGAAAGAUCUGAAGACUUCAGGUCAGAAGAUAUCACAGAGGCUCUGAGUGCUUUCCAGGAAGCAUCUGAACUGCCAGUCUCAGGUCAGCUGGAUGAAGUCACAAGAGCUCGCAUGAGGCAGCCCCGUUGUGGCCUGGAAGACCCCUUCAACAAGAAGACCUUUAAAUACCUGCUACUAGGCCGCUGGAGAAAGAAGCACCUGACCUUCCGUAUCAUGAAUCUGCCCUCCACCCUCCCAGAGUCCACAGCCAGAGCAGCCCUGCUUCAAGCCUUUCAGUACUGGAGCAAUGUGGCUCCCCUGACCUUCCGAGAAGUGAAGACUGGCUGGGCUGACAUCCGCCUCUCCUUCCAUGGCCGUAAAAGUCACUUCUGCACAAAUACCUUUGAUGGGCCUGGGAGAGUGCUGGCCCAUGCGGACAUCCCAGAGCUAGGUAGCGUGCACUUUGAUGAAGAUGAGCCCUGGACGGAAGGCACAUACCGGGGAGUGAAUCUGCGCAUCAUUGCAGCCCAUGAAAUCGGCCAUGCCCUGGGCCUGGGGCACUCCAGAUACACGCAGGCCCUUAUGGCACCGAUCUAUGCUGGCUACCGGCCUUACUUCAAACUGCACUGGGAUGAUGUGGCAGGAAUCCAGGCUCUCUAUGGCAAGAAGGCGCCUGAGCUAGAGGAAGAGGAGGAAGAGACAGAAGUGCCUACUGUACCUCCAGUGCCCACAGAACCUGGUCCCAUGCCAGACCCCUGCAGUGGUGAACUGGAUGCCAUCAUGCUAGGGCCUCGGGACAAGACCUAUGCCUUCAAAGGGAACUAUGUGUGGACAGUGACUGAUUCGGGACUGGGUCCCUUGUUUCAAGUGUCUGCCCUCUGGGAAGGGCUGCCAGGAAACCUGGAUGCUGCUGUCUACUCGCCUCGAACACAGUGGAUUCACUUCUUCAAAGGAGACAAGGUGUGGCGCUACAUUAAUUUCAAGAAGGCUGCUGGCUUCCCCAAGAAACUAUAUAAGGUCGAACCCAAUCUGGAUGCAGCUCUCUAUUGGCCUCUCAACAAAAAGGUGUUCCUCUUUAAGGGCUCUGGUUACUGGCAGUGGGAUGAGCUGGCCCGAACUGACUUCAGCAGCUACCCGAAACCAAUCAAGGAGUUGUUCACAGGAGUGCCGGAUGGUCUGUCAGCUGCUAUGAGUAGGAGGGAUGGCCGAGUCUAUGUCUUCAGGGGCAAAAAAUACUGGAGCCUCAAUCGGCAGCUUCGAGUAGAGAAAGGCUAUCCGAGAGAUAUUGCCCUCAACUGGAUGCACUGUCGUCCUCAGAGCCCAGACAUGAUCCACUCCAGUAGGGUCACUGCUCCCAUAGUCACAGGUAAUGUCACCCUACCCAAGAAGUAA